AUGAACGCAACCCCCCGUCCGCGACUCGUCCCAUCUGCACUGCAGCAGGGGGAGCUCGAAACCAAUGCUGGGGCCACCGGCAGGAUAUAUUAUUUAUUGCCCGACAUAUUGAGAUGGCAGGUUUCAAGCCAGGCCGGCUCUCCGUUGCCUCCGUUGCCUCCCCCAUCUGUCCCGGGCCCGCAAUUCGUGUCUGAGAUGGAAAAUGAAAGACACGAUCUGCCCGCUCAUCACGAUGGUGAUGUUGAUGCAUGUAUAUCAAGUUUCCCCGAGCCAGCAAACAUGCAUAGAUACCCUCUGUUUGAUAAUCGCAAGGGGUUUUUAGGGGAACUCUGUAGAGAUAAUCACAGCUCACAAGCGUUUUGCAGAUACACAUUGUCAAAUGAUGAGUCCCUAACAUUGACACAUAAAUCAAGUCAGAGGGAUGAAACGUGCCGAAAAGGCCAGUCAGUCAGCGCUAUGUACGUGCUGUUCUGUGCUGUUCUUUUGAGAGUCCAUCUUCAGCGGUAA